AAGUGAUUAGAUAUAUCUUUCAUUUAUUAGCAAUUUAUCUAUAAUUUUCAAAUCACAUCAAAUCAAGUAAUCCUCGAAGUAGCUUGACUCAAAAGGAAAAUCCUUGUUAAUUCCCAGCGUUCAAAAUGACCACAAAGGAAGAAUAUGAAUACACACCAGUGGCGGGGACGGAAGAAUCGGAAACAACAUUCAAUGUUACAAAUGGAGAAGUUACCAUUCAGUCAAACAAAAUGUCUAGUGAGAGUGCCCAACCGACGAAUCGAAAAUUUUUGUACAUUGCAGCAUGUGUCGCAAACUUGGCCGGUUUCGUUUGCGGCACCAGCUUCGGUUGGACUUCCCCCGAAAUCCCCAAAAUGAAAAUCUCUCACGAAGCUGGCAAUCCUCUCUUAUUCCCCCUCACGAAGAGUGAAGAGUCUUGGAUUGGUUCUCUCCUGCCAGUUGGAGCAACUCUUGGCCCCUUUAUCGCCGGGCUUACUGCUGACAAAAUCGGUCGAAAAAACACUCUCUUGGCCGGAAUCAUCCCUUUCAUCAUAGCUUUCGCCAUCGCGGCUUAUGCUACACACCCACUGUUAUUUUUCAUGAUGCGGUUUUUGUGCGGUUUGGCCGUUGGAGUGGUGUUCACAGUCCUGCCAAUGUAUAUAGGAGAAAUUGCAGAGGAUGAAGUUAGAGACUCUCUUGGCUCUUUUAUGCAACUUUUCAUAGUCGUUGGGUUGCUCUUCUCGUAUUCCUUGGGGCCCUACAUGUCUAUUAUGGCGUUCAAUAUUGUAUGCAUCGUCUCACCUUGCGUAUUUUUGGUUAUUUUCUACCUGUUUAUUCCAGAAAGUCCCUAUUUUUUGAUACGGAAAAACAAGGAUCAAGCGGAGCAAGCCUUGAUGAAACUAAGGUCAAAAUCGCAAGAUGCGGUUCAGGAGGAGUUGGACGAGAUUAAAUCAAGCGUUGAGGAGACUCUAGCUAACAAAGCCUCAUUUGCUGAUAUUUUCAAAUCAAAAGGUUUGACUAAAGCUUUGACAAUCUCAGUCGGUUUAGUAUCUUUGCAACAACUAUCAGGAAUUAAUAUUGUCCUUUUUUACGCUCAGGACAUUUUCACCGACGCUGGAAGCACAAUACCUGCUGAUAUUUCCACAAUCAUCAUCGGAAUUGUGCAGGUUUUUGCCAGUGGAACCACCCCAAUUAUUGUGGAAAAAAAGGGUAAAAGAUACCUUCUUAUCCUUUCUGCCAUUGGCAUGGCUGUGUCCCAAGGAGCCCUUGCUGUGUUCUUUCACAUCAAAAGUGGGGGUAACGAUGUUAGUUCAAUAGCCUGGCUUCCAGUCACGUGUCUUGUUAUCUAUAUUAUCACUUAUUGUCUUGGUUUUGGGCCCCUUCCAUGGGCCGUGAUGGGUGAACUCUUCCCCGGGAACAUAAAAUCGGUUGCCUCGACGGUGACAGCAGCUGGGUGCUGGUUUCUUGGUUUUAUUUUAACGAAAUAUUUUUCGCUCGUUUCUGAUAUGAUUGGAAAAGCGGGGUCUUUUGGGAUUUUCGCUGCAUGUUGUGUGGGGGCUUCGAUUUUUGUUUAUAAGUAUUUGCCCGAUACGUCCGGGAAGAGUUUGCAGGAGAUUCAAGAUAUGUUGAGUGGGAAGAGUUCGUCGAGUGAUGCUUGAGUUUUAGUGAUAUUUCUUUUUGUUUUAUAUAUUUACGUUGUAAUGUAUUUUUAGUCUGGUCAUUUAAGUAAUUUAUUUAACAUUUUUUGUUUUAUUAUGCAGUAUUAUGGAACUGAAAUUUACAAAUCGUACAAAUGUACAAAGUAAUAUUUACAUAAAUAAUGAAUAAAAAUUUUACACUUGGA